UCAAGAUGGCGGACGGAGGUAGUGAAGUCGAGAAUCUCCCAAAAACAAGCGAUUCAAAGACUGAAAAAGAAAGCCAUGAGUCCAGUACCAAGCUUGAAGAGUCAGAAGAUACUUUAGAAGUGAUUUCUACAGACUCUAAUUCGAGGAGAAGGAUAGCUUCUGAGUCCAGCCUGAAUGAAGAUGCUUCGUAUGCAGAACUUCAAGAUACAUGCAGAGAAACGUUCAAGAAAAUAGCAGAAUAUUUGAAUGGGGAACUUACGGCCUCAUUAGACGAUUACGCUCUUCUCGAGAAGCUAAACAAAUUGACGACUUCAAAAUACCAGGAAAUGUCUACCAUGGCCAAGACAUUGAUCACCACAAUGGAAGAGCUUGAUGGCAAAUAUAAAAGUUUACAGCCAUAUUUGGACCAAAUCGACAGAGUAGAAGAAAGUGUAGCAAGUCUGGAGCAAGCAGCAUAUAGACUAGAUGCUUAUUCCAAAAAAUUAGAAUCCAGAUUUAAAAGACUAGAAAAAAGAUGAAUUAAUAACAUUCCUGAAGGCUAGAGAAGAGGAAUUAGCGGUCAGUAUUUUUUGGAUAGCAAUAAGUAUAAUGAAUUAUUAGAAAUAGCAUGUAUAAUCCUGGGUCUGAUGCUUGACAGAUGCCUCUUGCUAGAUACCAAGCCAGGGGACAAAACUGUCAAAAAACUGAUAUGUAGUCAUCAAUUAUCAAGUUUUGUUCUGAAACCUAUGCCAGAAAUGCAGGACUGCCUGUUUACCCAUGAAAUAAUUUAUGCAAACCAUUAGAUUAUGAAUUUCAUUUCAUAAUUAAGGAUUAAUAAUAGACGUAGGAACCUUUAUAGUUUCAACAUUAGGAUGUUUAUGAUCACCACUCUUUUCAUUGUUAUGCUCUGAAUGAGACAACAGUUGAGACAGGGAAAUUGGGCAAUACACUUCCGUCAAUCAAAUAAAUUGCUCGUUACCUUUAUAUUAUCUGAUUCUAUGAUAGUACACUCACCUCUCACCUCUGAGGUCUCAAGUUUGUUUCCUGGACUUAGCAUUACAUAUGAGUAGAGUCUUUUAGGUUUCUCCCUUGAUUCAAGGGUCUUUCUCCACGUGUUCUUUUUUCCUCGCUUCCAUGAAACCUAAAAAGCUAAAUUCCCAUUCAAUCUGAGUUACGGCUGUGUCAUCACACGAAGAGAGUAUUUUAGGUUUCUCCUUUGAUUCAAGGGUCUUUCUCUGGGUGCUCUAGUUUCCUCACUCCCAUGAAACCUAAAAAGCUAAAUUCCCAUUUAUUCUGUGAGUUAGCUGUGUCAUCACAUAUGAGAAGAGUUUGUAAGGUUUUCCCUUGAUUCAAGGGUUAAUCUCUGGCUUCUUUAGUUUCCUCACUCCCACGCACCUAAAUCACUAAAUUCCCAUUCAAUCUUUGAGCUAGCUGUGUGCUGAUUUAAUCAGCCCAAGGGCUAUUUCGAAUUUUACCACAAAUUUUUAAUUUCUCGCCGGUUGAUUGGCUAUUAUUUUUAUCAUCAAUAAGAGGACAGAACAUUAAGCUGACAUCAAUGACUGCAUGCUCUUCCCAUUUGGUGAUUGCUAAAACUCGUUGAAAAAAUGUGUGUUAGUGAAUUUUUUGUGGUAAAAAAACAAAUCGCUGAGCUUGUGGUUCCACUUGAGUUUGGAUCAUAUGCUGAUGUCAUAAUCUUUGAUAAGAGCACAGACUGUAGAAAAGGGACCUUGGUUUGCUAAAUGUAUAACCUUAAGAAUUACCCAGCAAAGUAUAUUGAUUCAGACAUUCAGUCUCUGACUCAACAGGGAUGUGUGUCCAUCAAACAAUAGAAUAGUUCGUUUAACACCAAUGUCCAUUAUGUCAAAUUGGACACUUAAGAAGAUAGCCCAAGGUGGUACUCAAAAUUGCUAUCUACUACAACUAUAAACCAUUAAAAAAAAUUUAAUCACCUAAAUCCUUAAAUAUAGUUUGCUAUCAAUCAA